AUGCAACUUCUUCCAUACUCCAUUGUCCGCACAUUGCCCUUGCUGGGUGUAGUCUGCACAGCCUUUCACAAUCCGCAGCACCAUGGAAUAUAUCACGUGCAGGAGAUCAGUCGACUGACAUCACCAACAACGUCACUCAACCUAGCGACACAAGAUAGUUCGGACUCCGACAACCCCGAGAACGACAAGAACUCUGAGGGAAUGGGGGUGAAGAAUAAAGGUCUAUUGAGGUUGGCAAAACUGAGCCUAGAAGACUAUCAAUGGAGACAAGCACUCUUCAAAAGCUCUGAAGCAGAGCGGAAAGUGGAGGAGAGCCUUGCUAGGAUGAUGGGAGACGAACCAAGUUAUGUUAGACCAAUGGAUGCCAGUUCCGAAAAAAUCGGCCCUUUGGGCUUGCUAGAAAAAUCAUCAGUAGACUGGCUCUUGAAUGUCAUAGAUGAAGAAGCAAGAAGGGCAGAGAAAAUUGUCGGACAAGGAGGAGCUCUGGUUCGGCCUUAUGAAGCUACAACUCCGGAAGGAGAAUUGGGACCAUUGGGAAUGGUGGAGAAGAAUUUUGUUGAUUUUCUGGAAAGCAUUAGACAGUCCGAGAGAAUCAGGUCGCAAGCAAAGGUUCUGAGGCCAAAAGAUCUCGAUGAAUCUCAAAGAGGACCUUUAGGCAAGGCAGAGCUGGAAGCAGUUGAAAAAAUCAAUGACAUUUUUUACUCCGAAAAAGUUCGAGCGCAACAAUCAUGGAGACGGGGGCGUCGUGUACGACCAAUUGAUGUUCCUGGUCCCCUAGGAGAUUUCGAGAUGGCUGUGCUGGACGUCGUGAAAGCUGAACAACUGAGAAAGCGAGAGAAAGAAGAAAAUGCUAGAGGUUUCGCCCUAAGACCAAAAGACUCGAAAGUGAAAGGACCCCUGGGCGAGCUUGAACAACAAGCUGUUGAAGCAGUUCGGAAACUCACCGAUGAAGAGAGGUAUCGUCUACGCAGCGUGAAGCGAUUUCUGGACGAGAAACGACCAAUGGAGCAAGAUCGAAUGGGCGUGCUUGGAUUUGUAGAAACAGUCAUGGUCGGUAUCAUACGAGCACCAAUUUUGAUGUUUCAAAUUAUUGCCCGAGUCAAGGAGCUGCUUGACAGUGAACCAUUGAAUGAAGAAGACGAGAAAAUCCUGCAGAACCAAAAACGAAAAGAAGACAAACAAUGA